ACGUUCAACAGAAGCCUAGUUUAUGUGUAUCAGAUAAUUAUAGUAACGAGUGUUUCAUUUUAUUGUUCAUACAAUUUAUUUGAUAAUUACAACCAUUUAUAUUUUAAAACUGUGAAUCUUACUAGUUUUACAUUUCAAUUAGUGUUAUUAGAUGUGCUACUUGUGCGGUGUAAUUUUCACAUCGAUUGUUAAACGUUACCGAUCACAUAACGUACAAAAGAUCUGACCAUCACCAUGAGUAACGGCAACUACUUCAAUCAAUCCCUAAGGACAGUACCAGAUUUGGUAGCUAACAUGGCAGCGGAAAAUGUCAAGCUGCAAUAUUCUCGGCACAAUGGCAACGGAGUUGGAAAUGCCAAGUAUUACAAAACUUAUCAGACCCCGUACGUUCCCCAAAUGCAUGGCAAUUUCAACCAGAGGCAGCGCUUCGCCCCUUAUCCGAAUCGCCACCCAUCGCAGUGCACCAAUCAGAGCAACCAUUUGGUUCCGACCUCCUCAAAUGUCAACUUCGGAAUAAACGGAGGUGGAGGGACUGCCAAUAAAUCGUUGAACUCGUCUCUGAACAGCAGCGGUUCAGAUUCUGGCAAGAAUACCACGUUUUACAGCUCCAGCAGCUCAGGCAGUUCAAGCAACAUAAGUCAGUGCAGUAAUAGUAGCACUAACAGUAGUAGCGGGGCUGGAAGUUCGUAUAACUAUUCCUACGGUGGCGCCAUGCAGUCAUCUGUAGAUCAGAAGGAAAUGGUUGUGCUUCAAAUCAGCAAUCUAGAUCCAUCGAUUGAGGAACACAAAAUGCAUCAAUAUUUGCUAUGCCAGCUGAAAUCAAUUACGCCCGUUUUGUCGUUGACAAUCGAAAGCCCUUCGCUGGCGAAGGUAAAGGUUCCAUCAACACAGUUCGCCAAGCUGGUCGUAGCAAAUCUACAUCGCAAAAAGAUUGGUCACAAACGUAUGGUCGUUUCAUACAUCAAAGACCCAUCUUCGGCCGAGUCCUCAGCACUUCGUUGUCAAGUAGCCGGUCUCCUAAAGGACGUACCAUAUUACAGUCUGCCGAUAAACAAGUUCCGCGAGCUGUUCCAAUCCCGCUUCAAAUCUUCGAUCAGUGUCCUGGAUCUAUAUCGCAUGCCGGACGUAUGCACCAUCACACUGGACAAGAACGAAGAAAAGUACAUCAGCCUGCAACCGGAUGUGAUCAAUUCGCUACAGAACAAUCCGCUGGUUGAGUCAUCCCAGCACAGUGUUCCGUACUGUAUUUAUCACUUCAAGCAGGAGAAGGAGAAAGGUUGGGCCGAACAGGAAAUUGAACCUCUACCGAACGUGAUGAUGAGCAUCAGUCAGCUGCAGUCGGUGAUAUAUUCUUUGCUGAAGACGCACAAGGAUGACAUCCCGGUAGCCAGCAUUCUGUACUGCAUCGAGAACGAACUGCAGAUCAAAGUGGUACAUAACGAGAAUGGCGUCCCGUUGGAACAUCUGCUUUGUAGUAUCCGAGGAGUGCAGAUUACGAACAACAACUUUGGUAUAAAAGUGCUUACCUGGUUAGAUCACGAACUUAAUUCUACGAAGGAUAAUGAUGAUGCCUCUUCGGUUAACCUGCGGUAUAUGCCCAAAAGCCCUAACAAUGACUUCCUGCAGCAAAUUUCCCGUGAAGUGGUAGAGCUCAUAAAGAUGUCACCGAAGUCGACCAUGAAAUUCACACGAUUCAUUCCGGCCUAUCACAAUCACUUCGGGAAGCAAUGCCGCGUUGCCGACUAUGGGUACACUCGCCUGAUAGAGCUCUUCGAGGCCCUUUCUCCGGUGGUUCAAGUGAUGGGUGAUGGCGAAAAUCGCCACAUCACGCUGACUCAUCGGACCCAGAUCCGGCGGUUUACCUGUGACUUGCUGAAAAUUUUACGCGGCCAGACGAACAAAUCCAUUCUGCUCUCGCAGUUGCCAAUCAUCUUCUCGCAGGCCCAAAAUAGAAUCUUUGACGUUACCGACUACGGUGUGUGCGAUAUUUUCGACAUCAUCGAUGGGCUGGUGUACAACAAUUCGAUAGUGACGAAGGUGUACAACGAGACGGAUGUUUUGAUUUCCAUGGUCAAGCGGAAACAGUCUCCAACCGAGGUGGAGAAAACGUGCAUCUUCGCUGGGGAGGUGGUGGAGCUGUUCAAGAAUGCGCCUCAGUAUUCGAUACUGUUCAAGAAGUUCGUCCGCUCGUAUCACUAUCACUUUGGGUACCAGUGUCGUUUAAGUGAUUAUGGGCUGAUGAAGCUGGCCGACCUGCUGGAAGCCAUUUCCGGAAUAGUUGAGAUGGAGCAAUCAAAUGAUGAAGAUCGUAAAAUCUAUCUCAACCAUAGAGUGGCUAUUCGAAUUUUCGCAGAGCAAGUUCAGGAUAUAGUUAAACACUUUUCGGGAACCAGCGCAUCUAUGAUUCUUAUGAGUGAAAUACUGAACUACCACAAAAACAAGUACGGAUAUCAAAUUCAACCGUACAGUCUUGGCUACUGCAAUAUGUUCGAUGCUAUCAAAGCGCUUCCAUACAUGGAAAUAUUUGAAUCGGGCAACGAUUUGAUUGUGGUAUCACGUUUGGACGAUCCGGCCUUCCGACUGCGUUCCUAUGCGGUCUGCCUGUGCCUGUUGGACUCUGGCAAAGAACGUAUGUCUAUCAGUGACUUUCUGCGCAGUUACCUGACCAAAUUUAAGGAAAAUUUAACCGAGCGGCAAAUGUACGAUAUGAAACAUGCCAUAACGAUUGAACUAGAUAAAGGGACCCAAAGUGUGACGAUGACACCGCUGAUGAGAUUCGUUUUCCGUAUCAUACAGGUGCUCAAGCAGAAGAGUCCGAUGAAUGUGUUUGAUUUAAAGCAGGCUCUAAACUUAUCAAUUUCAUCCUGUUUCGAGUUUGGUUAUCCAAACAUUUCAUCGCUCAUCGGUGCUUUUCCGGACAUUUUCACCACCAACAGCUAUUUCCACGAGCGAGCCGACGUCGAGCUGAACCGUGACUGCAUUUUGAGCAAGGCUUGCUUCAAUAGCGAGGAAAAUACGACCCCAGCAGCGAUCUCGUCGACCGCCAACAACACCGCCAACACCACCCCAACUAAGACCAAAGUGCUCGCUGACGAUAAUAAAUUUUCCCACGUGUCGAUGACUAAUGAUUUCAGAAAUUUGUUCUACAGUCGCCAAGAAGUCAUGGCACAGCAUCAUUUGUUACAGCGCCAACAACAACAGCAGCAACAGCAACAACAACAACAACAACAAUAUCAGCAGCAGCUCCAAAAACCGCUCCAACCCCUGCAGCAGUCUCAACAGGGGAACCAACCGCAGCCGACACCAUUCUACCCAAAUAAUCGCUUCAACACCUCUAUGCUGAACGCUAACUACGGCAUUACAGGUAUUUCUUCCUCUGUCCCGGCUUUAUCGUCAACUGUUGGCCCAGCUGCGACCGUGAAUACCGAAAUGUUGGCCACUCUUAAUCAGACCAUGAUUAUGAAAAACCAAAAUAAGGAAAACCUUUAUCACGGUUACGGUGGCAUGGCGCUUCAGCAGCACCAGAUUCAACAGAUGCUACAGCAGCGACAAUUGCAACAGCAGCAGCAGCAGCAACUUCUGGCUUCCCAAACCAAGUACGCUUCAUACGGUAUGAGCUUGGGUGCAUCGAGUGCUAAUGCAGCUGCUACGAUAACGACCACGAAUUCCUCCGCAGCUGGGCAGGUCAUGGGGUCCUCAAUGGGUAGCAGCAUGUUGACAAGCACAACAGAAGCUGGGGCCUCGCAAAGCUCCGCAAACAAACUAUACGAACGCAGACAACAAAAUACUUCAUCAUUGGAAUUACAAUAUCUCAAUUGUAACAGUUUUGGAUACGGACUAUUGUCGGAGUUCUACGAGCCACCCAAGCCGGACACGCCACCAUCGAGGAAUAUCCCAUACUGGAUUGACCCGAUCUGGUCCAACGAUCCGCUCAGCACCGAAAAAGAACCGUCAGCAUCUUCAACCGAACAGCUUCUCAACAUUCCACUACCAGAGCUGAAGACGUACAACAAACUGCCCAUCAUACUGACCCCGUACGUCCUGUCGUCCCUGUCGAAGAACCCGUCCUUUUCCUUCGAUUUCGAUAAAUCUAAACAGAUUUAAACCCCUACGGAUGACGGCCCUAUCGGUGUGCGCUUACGAAAAGGAAAAAGGACCUGCCGGCAGCCAAAGGACACGUCCAGCAGCCACCCGUCACUCUCGGUCUGUUCUCACUUUACCACUUAAUAAUAAUCGUUACUUUUUAUGACACGUUGAACGUUUCGUCACCCUUAACCGUGUAGUACCUAAAUACGAGUCGUCGAUUUAUGAUUCGUUAGAUUGUAUAUUCUUUUCGAUCCCUCAAAUGUGUGUUUAUUAAAUGAUACAAUUGAUGUUAUUAGAAGAUAAGAAAUAUUUCAACUGAAUCGGGAAAAGAUAGAAGCCCGAGCUUUUGAAAUUAAAGGUUCUGGAAAAUGUUUUAUCGAACUAUAUUGUAUUGAGCAUAAUCAUAGAGUGGAGUAUGUGUGUUUCCAGUUAGUUAUUUAUGGAGUCACAAAUGUUAAUUAUCCUUUGCUAUGGGGAGAAAAAAAAUUGGACAUUUUAGUUUUUGAUGUUAGUGCAUGCUCAGUGAAAUUCUACUGAUUACGUUUUUAGGCUCCUAGAAGACAAUUCAGUGUAUGUUAAAUGUGUAGAUGUAUUAAAAAUUGUGGAUUCCAUUAUUGUGCACAUUAGUUUCUUAUGAUUUGUAAACAUUUCGAAGAACAUGAUUAUAUUGCAUGCAAUUAUA